AUGCGGCCUUUGUAUCAGGUGCUCAGGCACCUAAUAUUCGCCAGCCUAACGCGUGCUCAGUUUGGGGUUCAGAAUGAUAGGUCAGUUCUCGGUAUUAACAAUGAGUUCUCAGGUGUUUGUUACACAUAUGUUUCGGUCUAUCCAGUCCUUGCCGAUCCCGAUUAUAUCACCAUCACAAAGCCCUACAGAGGCUCAGUAACAACGCAGUAUACUGCCCCACCGCAGGGCGAUGAGCCUGGUAUUGUUAUAGUUGAACAACCGGGUGGUUCGUCGGCGCCGGAGAAUGUAGUCAUCCCCGCGACGGAUGAUAGGUCUUAUGUUAUUAUUAUUAGGCCGCAUUCAGGGCCGAAUCCGAUAUCUGCGCCAAUUACUCAGGUUGUUCCUCCGAGGAGUGGACAGCCAGGGCAGAUUAUUAUUGAAACGCCGGAGACUCAGGGUGUGUUGCAGCCUCUUACGCUUGAGCCGAAGGAGGUGACUGGCUAUGUGACGGUUUUUCGACCACUGACUGGAACAUUGGCAUCGUUGCAACUAAUUACGAUUUCACCAACCGGGACAAACCGUGGAUCGGUCAUCAUUAAUGUCCCAACAUCAGCGCUCAAUGGGGGAAGCCUCCAAGGCCUUACUCUCGAACCUGCACAGGACGGCGACUAUGUCACCGUGAUUGAACCAGCAGGUACAGCCUUUAGCGGAACUGUCCCAAUUCGACUGACAAUACCACCGAGCAAUGGAAACCCUGGGACUGUCAUCAUCCAGACUCCUGUGCCAGGAACUCUGAUGCCGUUGUCCCUUGAGCCUUUGACCCCUAACACGUUGGGCGCCUUGGGACUCGCUGGUCAAACCAUCACUCUUCAACCUGCCGAUGCUACCGGCUAUGUGACCAUCAUUGAACCAGCCGAAGGAAGCGUCACACCGACAGCACCUAUCCGAACUACCAUCCCACCGACUGGUACCAAGCCCGGGACUGUACUCAUACAAACACCACCAGGUUGGAAUGAUGGGGGAGAUGGUGCAGCUUCUCAACCGACACGGACUCGGCCGCAGGGCUCGGUAUCCUAUACCACUAUUACUCGUGGUGUACCCAUGGGGAUGGGUGGUUCUGACGGCGGGUCGAAUGGAGGAUCAGGGUCUGGUGAUGUCCAGGGCCUACCAGGUCAAAGCGGCGACGAUGAAUCAGGGCCGCGACAGACCCUCACUAUUCCUCCUGAGGGUGGCAACCCCGGUACUGUCAUUGUAUUGACACCUGAAGACCCGAAUAAUCCGCAGACUGGCAACAACGGUGGCGGCGAUAAUGGUGCCCAGGUUACUGGAGGAUCUAGUGGUGGAAACCAAGGUGGUUCAGGCGGUGGCUCAGGAUCAUCGGGCAGCGGAAAUGGCCAGAGUGGAAGUGGAGUGAGCUCGAACAACGGGGAAUCUGGAGGUGGUUCCAACAGCGGCAGUGGCAGUUCAUCUGGACAAGGAGGCAGCUCCAGCAACGGGGAUUCCACUGGUGGCGACGAUGACCCUGUGAAAGGCGGCGUCCAGGGAUCUGGCUCCGGAUCGGGAGACGGCGAUGGUGACGGUGCAUCAGGAAGCGGAGAAUCUUCAGGCUCAAAUAACGGCAAUGGGUCUGGAAAUGGCGGCUCAUCAAGCUCCGGUGGAAGCAGUGGCUCGGGAGGUACCCAAGGCGGCGCUCAAGGUGGCUCCGGAGGCAGUGGUACAAGAUCUGCUGGCUCUUCAUCGAGCACCAAGGGCGCUUCUAGUGGUGGUUCUGGGGGUGGAGAUGGACCAGGAUCGGGAGAUGCGGAGUCUGAAGGCGAGGGCUCAGAGGGCGGUUCAGAUUCUGGCAAUGGAGGUUCUGGUGGGAGUGGAUCGACUUCUGGCGGUAAAGGCUCCAGCGGGGAUGGAGAUGGUGACCCUGGAUCAGGAGGAAAUAAUGCCGGAGGAGCAAAUGGUGGCUCGGGUCAGUCAUCUUCAUCGCGCAGGGGAAGUACUUCUGGCCGCUCAAGCACUCGAUCACCAAUCGUUAGGACAUCGCCAUCGACCUACGUUGUCACAUCCAGCAGCACUAUCUUCACCAUAACCGCCGAUGUCGUCGAGACUCUCACCAAUGCUGAACCCCAGAGGACUCGUCGAUCAACCACCAGCGGCCAACUCACAGGUGGAGUCGAAGGGCUAGGUGGAAGUGGAAUUGCAGCUACCGACAGAACGACAUUCAGACGCCCUUCAAAUAGCCGGUCUACGGGAUCUGCGGUCGACACUGCUGGCGGAGCUGCUUCUGGAGUUGAGUCUGAUUCCACACAAACUACACAGGCCCCUGGAAGUACUUCAAGUACUAGACGAGCUGGUGCUUCAUCAAGUUCAGGCUACACUGGUACUGUCGACACGCGUGUUCGCCCUGGAGGUAGCGGUCUGAGUUCUACGCACAGCAGGACUUCGACUUCAGGACAAGCUUCUCGAUCUUCGAAUAGAGAGACUACUAUUGUCGAUAGCGGUCCCGUAAUAACAAAUGAUCCUGGCUCUAAUGCAGAGGAAGCUACAUCAUCUGUCGGAAACGCCGCCCAGAUCUCAUCUACCCGCUCGGCCCAGAGGUCAAGUACCUCUCAAUCAUCUAGUGCGCAAAGGCCUGUUGCAGCGACUUCCUCAUCGGAUACUCGUUUCACUGCGAGACCUGCUGUCAUAUCGACUAGCGCUGGUAAUACUGAAGCUGGAGGGACAUCACAGGCUUCGCAGAGAAGUAGUAGGGCUACUAGCUCGGUAUUGGGCUUCGUCGAAGGUGAACCUGAAUCAACUGCGGGAGGAAACAACAGUGGUUCUUCGAAAGAUGAUGAGGCGACAUCGCGAGCUUUGAGUGGUUCCCAGUCUACUCAGUCUGGUAGUGCUGCUCGAGGCUCUAGCGCGGGCACUUCAACAGCAUCACAGGGCGUAGGCCAGAGCUCGAGCACCUCCAGAACAAGCGAAGAGAUCAAUUUUGAGACUAUAGUUGGUACACAGAGUGUUCCCGAGUCAGAGCGCGUGGAACAGCCUGGUGACACGUCGACUCGUUCAGCGAUAAGUAGUGGUGCCGGAUUGACGGGCCAGCCAGCUGCAGGAGUUGGAGGCUCAACCACUGCUGAGUCAAACUCGGGAACCACAUCUAUUGAUAUUGAUGAUGGCGCGACGACAUCUGGUGGAGAGUCGCUCGCUGGAGGACCAGCUGCUGGUGCUACGUCUGGAAGUUCGGGCGAGAGCUCUGUGAGCGGCGACUCUGAUGCCGAGACUUCCUCCGCUUCUAGACAUCCUGGCUCUGAAACGGCAUCUGAUGAUGCUCGGGAGACUGGAGAUGCUACUGGUACUGCUCAACCUGAAGAUGGCGAGACAAGCUUGAUCUCACCUCAAGUACCAGCCCCCACUGAUCCAUUGCCCGAAUCUGAAUCCAGCAGCCAGUCGCUCACUGGCGGCGUCGAAGGUAUACCUGUCAUGAGUGACUCGUCGUUUGAGUCGCCUGAGCUGCCACUGCCGAUUGCGGUAUCAACUGGUCCACUUCCUGACUCCAAUCUGCUCUCUACAGCAACAGGUGAGGUGUCCUCGGCAGCAUCGCCUGGAUUCGAAGUUCCUACUGAUUCGCAAGCUGCGCCUUCUGAUGAUGACCUUGACCCCGCCUCAGGAGAUACCGCUACAGAUGGACCUACAGGUAGUGAGAUUUCAGAGCCCGAUACUUCUUCUGACUCGGCGGAUGGCGAAGCGUCCGAGACAGGAUCCUCAGGUCCCGAUGAGACUGGCACUGGGGCUUCUACAGAGCCAUCACAGAGUGCUUCGCUAGGUGAUGGCGAUGGUGAUGGUGCCAGAACUACAGAUGAAGCAGGCGCCGAGUCAUCUGAGACAGACGCCGACGCGGAAAGCGAGACAUCUGGCCCUGAUGCUACUUCUGAUGGUUCUGGAUCUGAAGCUGGCCCCAGCACUGAUGAAGAUGGACAGACCAUCACCGACGGAUCUGGAGGAAACCCCACAGCUGUCAUCCCAGCAGAUAACAGCCUAACUACUGAAGCUCCUGACGGCGCAAUAGCAACUAUCACGGUCUUCAGAGCAGGCCGUGGCCCAGCCCGAACAACCCUCUACGUCCCUCCCCAAGCAUCCAACGAUCCAUGGACAGUAGUAAUCGAGACACCAGUUUCAGAGACUCAAUCUGAAGCUGCGACUGCUCGUGGAGACGACGAUGUUCUUGCUACCACAUCUGCCAUAGGCGGUAACACCAAUGUCACUAUCUUCAGAGCUGGAUCUAGCCCAGCACGAAGGACUCUUUACGUACCUCCCAGGUUUGCGAAUGAGCCUGGUACUAUUGUUAUUGAGACACCAACUGGGACCGCUAUCGCAACUGCGACUGAGACUGGGAUUGAUACACCUAGUGUUCGACCCAACAUCACGGUCUACAGCUCUGGUACUGCUUCCAGCAGAAUUACCAUCUACGUACCUCCUACUGCUUCAGAUGGAGAUGGGUAUAUCAUCAUUGAGACCCCUGCUUCUGAGGUUGAUCCCGAUGCCACUGAAAGCGCUGAGGAUGGUAGUGGUCCCACGGCUGGGACACCCGCUGGUAUCGCCAAUAUCACAGUCUACAGUUCCGGUACUGCGUCAGAAAGACGAACCCUCUAUAUUCCGCCCACUGCCUCUGGCGAAGCUGGCACGAUCAUUAUCGAAACUCCGGUCUCCGAGCCUGAUGCAGAACAGAGCGGAGGUACUGACGGCGGCAGCCAGACUACCGGUCUUGAACCCGGUGUCAGACCCAAUGUGACUGUCUACAGUUCAGGCACUGCCUCAGGGAGGAUUACUCUGUACAUCCCGCCUACAGUAUCUGGUGAAGCCGGAACCAUUGUCAUUCAGACACCAAUCUCCGACCAAGAUUCUGAUACUAUAACCGGAGGUCCCGGAGAUGAGAGUGGAAAUACUGCCACUUCUGAUGGCAGAACUGCUGUGACUAUCUAUACUGAAGCAACUGGGUCUACUGGAAACACUAGAUACAUCUCGCCAACCGUUUCUGGAGAGCUGGGCACUUAUAUCAUUGAGACUCUUGCCUCGGAAGCUGGCGAAGAGACUGCUUCGGAUGAAUCAGCUCAGGCCACAGGCCCUGAAGCCUCCAUCACACCAAUUCCCACCGACGAAGGCUCGCCUGGAAAUAACGUAAAUGUUACUCUCUACCGAGCUGGAGAAGGUUCAGAGAGGAGCACCAUCUUCAUCCCACCAGAGACUACUGGUGAUCCAUGGACGAUUGUGAUCGAGACACCAAUCUCACAAACUGAAUUGGUAGAAACAGGAACAGUUCCAGGGUUCCAAACAACAAUCUCCGCUAUGACUGGAAGUGCCAACUUGACUAUUUUCAGAGCCGGUGUCGCAUCGACAAGAAACACAAUCUACGUAGCGCCCAAGACAUCCGGAGGCCCAGGAACUGUCAUCAUCGAGACACCUGUUCCGAGAGCCCAAACUGGUAGCCUUACAGCUAAUCCUGAAGCACGACCAACUGUUGGUGCUGGAUCAAAUACCACGAUCUUUGUUCCAGGUACCGGUCCUGGGCGAACGACUUACUACGUUCCGCCUUCAGAUCCUAAUGACCCUGGCACUGUUUAUGUUGAGACUCCUGUAUCUGCUGAGGAGACUGAGGAGCCCACUGAUGGUCCUUCAGCUACUGGAGAUGGUCAAGAUACUAUCGUAGCUGCAACAACAGUUACAAUCUUUAGUGGUGGGCCUGGAUCCGUCACGCGCACAGUCUAUGUCCCACCUACUACCUCAGGAGAAGCAGGCACGCUCUACAUCGAGACGCCGACUGGAUCGGCCACUGGUGAAGAGCGUAUCUCAGCGACAAGAACUGUCACCGUUUACACUGGUGUCCCGGGCUCAGUUACAAGGACAGUCUAUGUGCCUCCUACAGCGAUUGGUGAGCCAGGUACUUUAUUCAUUGAGACACCUGUCGAUGGCACUCAGGCUACAGUCACAAACGAUGAGAAUGCCAUCUCUGCCGCAACGACUGUCACCAUCUUUAGUGGUGGACCUGGCUCCGUUACGAGAAGUGUGUAUGUUCCUCCAACUGCUUCAGGAGAGGCAGGCACUAUGUACAUUGAGACUCCUACAGAUGGAGCCGAAGCUACUGCAAGUAGUGACGAAGAUGUCAUAUCUGCCGCGACUACUGUCACCAUCUUCAGUGGAGGUCCCGCGGCAGUUACAAGAACUACUUAUAUCCCGCCAACAGCUUCUGGCGAGGCUGGAACACUUGUGAUUGUUACUCCUACAGCCGUGCCUGAUGCCGAAACAGCUAGUGAUGGCGAUGGUGGUUCCGAGACUGGGUCUGUCACUGAUGCGGAGAGGAUUACAGCCGGAACAACUGUCACUAUCUUCAGUGGCGGUUCAGGCACUGCAACUCGAACUAUAUACAUCCCUCCCACCGUCUCGGGUGAAGCUGGCACACUAAUCGUGGAGACACCCACGUCUGGUCCAGACGGUGAUGAACCCAGUAUUACAGGCACAGGAGUCAGUGGCCCAACUGCAAUUGUCACCCCUGAAGGCCCAGGUAACGUUACUAUCUAUAGCGGCGGACCUGCUUCCUCAACGACCACUCGUUUCAUGCCUCCUACUGCAUCAGGAGAGCUUGGUACUGUGAUUAUCGAGACACCAACAGCUGGACCUCAAGCUACAGGUAUCGGAAAUGUUACUAUCAUCACAGGUGGUCCUGCUACAGUCACCCAGACGCGGUAUAUCCCUGCCACGGUGACUGAUGAGCCUGGGACUAUCGUCAUCGAAAUACCGACAUCUCAGGUUGAUGAGGACGGAGGUGCAGGAAACACAACUAUCUAUAGUGCUGUGUCUGCUACUGGCACUCGCACUAUCUAUAUUCCACCCACGGUAUCUGGCGAGCCCGGAACAAUUAUCAUUGAGACCCCUGCCGUGAGGGCAGUGACUGUUUACACAGACGGCCCUGCAUCAACUACUCGAACUCUCACUAUUCCCGGUACAGCGUCAGGCGAUCCUGAUACAAUUCUCAUCGAGACUCCCACUUCAGGUCCAGACUCUGGUCCUGCUAAUGUCACCAUUUACACCGGAGUCUCUGCCACUGUCGCCACUACUCGUUUCGUUCCUGGUACAGCUUCAGAUGAACCUGGAACGUUCAUUGUUGAAACUCCACUUGGCAGUCCAACUUAUGUGACAGUCUACAGUGGUGGACCAGGUACAGCUGUUACAACGAUCUACUUGACACCAAGUGAAUCUGGUGAUUCUACCACUAUGAUCAUUCAGACUCCAACUCAAGGAUCCGAGGAGUCUGCUACAGAUGAUAGUGAAGUUCGUGAGACUGGAACCAUUACAAAAGCUUCAGGCACAUCAGCGACUCGUCGUGGGAACGUCACCAUCUACACCCAAGCGCCUGGAACAGCUGGCGGAACAUUCUACUUCCCACCUGAUGACCCAGAAGAGUCGGGCACCAUCAUUAUUGAGACACUGCCUGGUGAUGCUGAAGAGACUGGCGCUGAGUCUACUGAAGGUCCAGUCGCCCCAACUGUUGGUGGCCGGGUCAAUACUACGAUCUUCAGUGGCGGCCCAGUAACUGCACCCAGAACACUUUACAUAUCAGCGACAAUUUCUGGGGAGCCAGAUACGGUGAUUAUAGAGACACCAACCACAGGCCCAGAAGCAAAAGCUUCAGAGUCAGCGACAGGCCAGCAAUACACAACCAUCUUUGGUGGAGGGUCUGGAACGGCCACGAGGACUAUCACCAUUCCUGCUACUGUAUCUGGUGAGCUGGACACUAUUCUGAUCGAGACACCCACUGGUAGAGCUCCUGAAGUCACAAUCACCAGAGGCGGACCGGUCUCAGUUGCUACCACUAUUACUAUCCCUGGUGCGCCUGGCGAACCUGACACUGUUCUCGUUGAGAUUCCAACUGAAUCUGGCAAUGCGGAGCCAUCAGAGAGUGCUAAUGGCCCAGGAGAAGUGACUUCCACUCGUGGCGGACCAGUUACGUCUGCUACGACAAUCACAAUACCUGGUCAAUCAGGCCAGCCUGACACUGUGAUUAUUGAAACGCCGACUCGUGCGGCUGAUGUCACGAUCACCAGAGGAGGGCCAGUUUCUGUCGCCACAACUGUUACAAUCCCUGGAGCACCUGGUGAGCCUGAUAUAGUGCUUGUGGAAACACCAAUUGAGUCUGCAGACAUAUCUGUGACUGGAAUGGGUGCGGGCGAAAUAACUUCUACUCGGGGCGGACCAGUCACGGCCGCAACUACGAUCACCAUCCCGGGUAUAUCAGGGCAGCCCGAUACUGUUAUCGUUGAAACACCCACAACAUCCUCUGAUGGUGAGGAAUCUACAGCUACUGCAAAUGGUCCAGUUCAAGUAACAUCUACCCGAGGAGGAGCGGUAACAGCUGCAACUACUCUCACUAUUCCCGGCGAGUCAGGCCAGCCAGACACCGUUAUUGUUGAAACGCCUACAAGAUCUUCAGAUGGUGAAACAACAGGCACUGGAGGCAGCCCAGGAGCGGUAACUUCAACAAGAGGAGGACCUGUAACUGCGGCGACUACCAUCACCAUCCCUGGAGGACCGGGUGAGCCGGACACAGUCAUCGUUGAGACCCCAACGAGGUCAAAUGAACCUCCUGUAACUGGUGGUGUUCAAGCAAUCACUUCGACAAGAGGUGGACCAGUAACCGCUGCAACUACUAUAACCAUUCCUGGCGAGUCAGGUCAGCCUGACACGGUUAUCGUUGAGACACCUCAAUCUUCUGAUGAGAACGGGCUAUCUGCUACUGAAGAUAGUCAAGAUGAAGUUACUAUAACUCGGGGCGGCCCUGUGACUGCUGCCACCACCGUUACUAUCCCUGGAGUAUCUGGUGGUCCGGACACAGUUUUCAUUGAGACGCCAACAAUGUCGAAUGAGCCUUCAGUGACUGGCGGACUGCAAGCGAUUACUUCAAUUCGAGGUGGACCCGUGACAGCUGCUACAACUAUCACAAUCCCCGGAGAAUCAGGUCAACCGGAUACUGUUAUUAUUGAAACACCCCUAUCCUCUGGCGAGAUUGUGCCAUCUGCAACUGAGGGUCAAGAUCCAGUCACUAUCACUCGCGGUGGACCUGUAACGGCAGCCACGACGGUGACUAUUCCUGGAGUGUCGGGUGGCCCAGACACUGUGUUUAUUGAAACACCCACUCAAUCUUCUGAAGAGCCUAGAGUAACUGCUGUUCAGCAAGUCACAAUUACCCAGGGUGGCCCAGUAACAGCUCCCGUUACAGUUACCGUCCCUGGAGUAUCCGGCGGUCCUGAUACUGUUUACAUUGAGGUACCUACAGAGUCUGUUAGAACCGGAGCUGUCCAAGCGGUUACAAUUACGCGGGGUGGCCCUGUAACAGCUGCCACAACGGUCACAAUUCCUGGCGGAGCGGGAGAGCCAGAUACUGUUUAUAUCGAAACGCCUACCGAGUCUGCUGGCGGGGGUAGUGAAACACCAGUAACCGGAGCCGUUCAAGAAGUCACUAUUACGAGGGGCGGUCCAGUCACAGCGGCAACAACGAUUACUAUUCCUGGAGCUUCUGGCGAGCCAGAUACUGUUCUUGUUGAAGUUCCGAUUGAGUCUGCUGAACGAUCCUCUGAAACAGGCUCAUUAAGUGAGGUCACUAUCACAAGAGGUGGUUCAGUUACAGCUGUAACAAUUCUCACAAUCCCCGGCGAAUCUGGUGGACCUGGCACUGUACUGAUUGAGACCCCAACUGGCUCUGCUGACGAUGGCGAUGGGUCUUCUACAACUAGGUCUGUUCUGGAAGUCACCAUAACACGGGGAGGACCAGUGACAGCUGCGACAACACUUACGAUUCCGGGUGAGUCCGGAGGGCCAGACACUGUACUGGUCGAGAUCCCGACGAGUUCAUCUAAUGAAGACGGUUCUACCCAAGUAGAAGUCACAAUCACUCGUGGCGGUCCUGUUACAGCUGCUAUAACCCUCACUAUACCUGGAGCUUCGGGCCAGCCAGAUACUGUUGUCAUCGAAACACCAACUGAGUCUAGCAGCGAGGCAUCAGGAACAAAUGGUAGUCAAGGAGAAGUUACAAUUACCCAAGGUGGCUCUGUCACGGCCGCGACAACGAUCACUGUUCCAGGCUUAUCAGGAGAGCCAGACACUGUCAUCAUCGAGACGCCUACUGGUGCUUUUGAGACUCCCAAUAAUGCCCUGGCCAACGUCACUGUCUACAGUGGCGGCCCUGUCUCAGUUACCCGUACGAUUUAUUUCCCACCCGUGGCAUCUAGUGAGGCUGGCACUAUUGUUAUCGAAACACCAGAUGGUUCUAGUCCCACGGAAACUGCCCGUGGACCUGGAAAUGUCACUAUUUACACUGGUGUCGCUGGUACAGCUACAAGAACCGUCUUCAUACCUGCUACAGUUUCAGGAGAGCCAGAUACAGUACUCAUCGAAACACCAACAGGUUCCUCUGGUGGUGAGAGGACGACAGGAAGUCUUAUUGCAACAACGACAGGACCUCUCACUACUUCUGAGGGUAGGCCCAACACUACAAUCUUCAGUGGAGGAUCUGGUUCUACAACUAGGACGGUCUACUUCCCACCAGCUUCUGAUGACCCCGGUGGCCUUGGAACAGUUGUUAUCGAGACACCAACCUCUGGUUCUGAAGAGGAAGAUCCUGAGGAAACAAGCAGUGCCAUUUCUACCGGAGGACCAGCUAACAUCACACGUAUUGUUGGAGGUCCUGCUUCGGUCACCACUACUAUCUACAUCCCACCAACUGCUUCUGGUGAGCCGGGUGUUGUGAUCAUUGAAACGCCCACAUUAGGCCCCGAGGAUGAUACAACGGCUAGUGAGAGUGCCGCAAUCACAGCUUUCCCAGUAGGCAGACAAAACGUCACUCUGUACAGCGGCGGUCCAGGUUCGGUUGUAACGACAAUCUACUACCCGCCUGCAUCGAGCGACCUUGACGAGCCUGGUACGGUGGUGAUCCAGACUCCAACAGCUGGCCCUGAAGAGGAGACACCAUCGACUUCUGCAGGUGAAGCCGUUACGCCAAUCCAGAACAUUACUCGCAUCGUGGGAGGACCUGCUUCUGUCACAACAACGAUCUACAUCCCUCCUACGGCAUCGGGCGAGCCUGGAGUUGUCAUUAUUGAGACGCCUACAGCCAGUCCCGAGGCGAAAGAAACAUCGUCAGCGUCUAUUACCGCAACCAUAAGCGACGAGGAACUAACUGGUAUUCCCAAUGUCACUCGCUAUGUCGGCGGUCCAGCUUCCAUCACGACAACGUACACAAUACCCCCUGCCUCGUCUGGAGACCCAGGAACAGUGGUCAUCCAAACCCCUUCUGCCAGCCCUAGUGAGAGCGAGGCUUCCGCUUCAGCAACUGAGAUUCCAAAUGUCACCAGAUACAUCGGUGGCCCAGCUUCAGCCAUUACAACCUAUACCAUUCCUCCAGCCUCACCUGGAGAGCCAGGAACUGUUGUUAUUCAAACCCCAACCGCCAGUCCUGAAGAAAUUACUACGUCUUCCCCAUCAGCUGAGGUGCCAACUGAAGUCCCAAAUGUCACUCGCUAUGUUGGCGGGGCAGCGUCAGUUACUACGACCUAUACCCUCCCUCCGGUUUCAUCUGGAGAGCCGGGCACGGUGGUCAUUCAGACUCCCUCAGCUAGCCCCUCUGCAGAAACUACUUCUAAUGAGGCUAUCACGAGUGUUGAGUCUCCAAGCGCAAUUCAGAACGUCACUCGCUUUGUCGGAGGCCCAGCGUCAGUUACUACAACAAUCUACAUCCCCCCUGCUGCAUCUGGUGAGCCCGGCACAGUACUCAUUCAAACUCCGAGCUCUGCUCCCGACGAAACUUCAUCGUCAGUAGUCGCAAGCACAGCACGACCGCCAACAGUUGCACAGAACACAACUAUCUUCGGCGGUGGAGCAGGCUCAACCACAAGAACCAUCUAUAUCCCCCCUGCCUCAGAUGGCGAGCCAGGAACAGUUCUCAUCGAGACCCCAACAGCCAGUCCCGCAGCUUCGACCACUCCCAUCAGCGGCGCACCAGCAGGCAUUCCAACAACUUCCACUCCAAUCGUCGCUGGCACCAAUGUCACUAUCUUCAGAGCUGCUCCUCCUACAGCUACAGCUGAACGAACGCUGUAUGAUCCACCGACUGCGGCUGGAGAGCCUGGUACUGUUAUUAUCGAGACAAUGGUUGUAUCUUCGACUUCUGGCUCGGCUGCGCCGUUAAGUAUGGAGGGUCCUGUUAUCACGACUUUGAGUGGUAGUUCAACUAGCUCUUCUGCUAUCGCUUCACCCUCAUCUACGUCAAGUAGCGCGGCAGCAGCAGCAAGCUCAUCGAGCAGUGCUGCUGCAGCCGCUGCUUCGAGUUCCUCCUCUGUUGCAGCAGCUGCCAGUUCCUCCAGUAGCGCAGCCGCCGCGGCAACUUCAUCAAGCAGUGCUGCUGCGGCGGCGGCCUCAAGCUCUUCAACCACCGCAGCAGUCACCAGUUCCUCGAGUAGCGCAGCAGCCGCCGCGGCAACUUCAUCAAGCAAUGCUGCAGCGGCCAGCUCCUCUAGUGCUGCAGCUGCAGCUGCCUCAAGCUCGUCCAGUUCUGUUGCCGCUGCUACAUCGUCAACAUCAAGCGCAGCUCCAGCACCAGUCACCACAAGCUCAACCAUCGCCACAUCAUCCAGCAGUACCUCCAGCACAAGCAUGAUGCCCCAGCUCGCAUUUGGCCCAACAUUCGACUGCGAUGGCUUCGGCUACACCGUCCAAAGUCUUCUCGCCAACACCCUCACACGCGUCAAUCUCGUCAACGGUCAACGAACAGAUAUCAGAACAGGCAUUGGUCCCGGCGGUCCUAUCAACGGUAUCGGCUUUAACAGGCUCGACAACUACAUCUAUGGCUUUUACCAACAGCCUCUUCUUAAUGCCCUUGCGUGUGGUCUCCUGGGAUGUAAGCGAUCGGGACUUAUUCGCAUCGCCAAGGACGGCCGAUGGGAGGUCCUUGAUCUUGUGAUUGGUACAAACGCUAUCAGCAUGGGCGAUGUAGAUGAUCAAGGAAGGUUCUGGGUGUCCGAAGGCGGAGGUAGAUGGUGGUGCAUUGAUUUGAGGCCAACCAGCACCACUUUCGGCAAGCUUCUCGAUUCCGGCACGUCAGCUACCAACCUCCUUUCUGGAGUAGGAGACUGGGCAUAUGUCCCCGGCGGAGGCAACUAUCUCUACGCCGUACAAGCAUCAGUCAUCGAGAGCGGCCUCCUCAGAACAAACAUCGUUCGAUGGUCGUUGACCACGCAAAAGUGGGAGCGCUUCCAAACCUACCCCAACCUCAUCCUCACAACUCUCAACCUCGUCUGGGGCGCCGUCAUGGCAGCACCGGAUGGAACAUUAUUCGCUCAGGAGACAGUAUUGGGUCAAACGUGGAAAUUCACACUUGGGUCCGCAGCAAACCCUACAGCUAUACCAGGUGGUGCUAUUCUGAACUUGCUAGGAUCGGAUGGAGCCAGGUGCGCGGGUACUUUAGUUUCAUGA